AUGUAUUUAUAUGUUUUAUUAGCUAUUCUUAAACAACGUAUUUAUACUAAACGGUUACCUUCAUCUUUUAAUUUACUCGAUCAUUCUAUUGAUAAUGUUGGACAAAUGUUGUUAAAACAACCAGUACUCAAUCAAGAUAAACGUGCAACGUUAUCUUAUCGCCGAUUGAAAACAAUUGCACAAUUUAAAUAGAAUUUCAAUCAUAUUCUUCCAUUGAAACAAUUCUUCUAUCUUACUAAUGGUCCUAAAUAUAUACCACCAUGUCAAAGUCUUUUCCCACAUCAAUCAAUUGAACAGAUUAUCACUCGAGAAUACAAUAACAUUGUUCGAUGCUUUGAAUUUGGCCUAGCAAAGAAUUGUAUUUCAUGUUCUGAUAAACGAGCAAAAGAUUUCUUUGCAGUUGUAGAAAAUCUUCCUUGUCAAUUGUAUACAACAGCAUUGUUUUCUCAACUAUUAGCUCGUGUUCAACAUGAAUCUCGUACUAUCAGAGGUAUUCGACGUCAACUUAAGACAUCAAAUGUUGUGAUACGACCAACUGACAAAAGUAAAGUGUUUUACUUAGAUAGUGCUCAUGAUUACUAUCGAAAAGCACUGCAAUACAUGCAUAUAACAAACGCCUACAAGGACAUAACCAGUGGUAGCAAUCUCUGUCAUGAAAAUAUACAAAAAGUCUCAGCACUAGGGAUGCACCAAAUCCAAUUCCAAUCAAAUCCAAAUCUUAGAUUUGACUGGAGUUGA